AUUCCAGGUAGUCGAGCGCGUGAUGGACAGGUCCUCCUUCAUGGCAGGAAACGGCUACGUCAUCCUGCCAUCUCGCCUCCAGCAAUACGAUUUCACAAGCGGCUACAUAGUCUCUUAUCAGAGCUUCGUUAUGGCCACGCCCUCGCUUGCUCCACGAUGGGAUAACCUGCUUUUCCCUCUGUCGUGGGAGGUGUGGGUGUCGGUCAUAGCAGCGUCCGUGGUGUUAGCCGGAGUACUGACGAUGCUUGGCCAGGCCGGACGCGCCACGUACCCCAGCCUCAGCCAGUCAGUGCUGGAGGUCUACAAGAUCCUUCUUGGCCAAGACUUCAGCCAAUGGCGUGCCAGAACGACCGCAAGUCGCAUAGUGAUCGCCGCGUGGUUGGUGGUUGCUCUGAUUGUGGGCGUGGCGUACAGGGGCAACUUGACGGCCUCCCUCACCUCGCCGGUGUAUCCUCCGAGGCCUGAGACAGCCGCGGCGUUGGUCAAAGCCGUGGAAAGGAUCAAUAUUCCGCCCUACGGUGCAGACUGGAAGAAGUUCUACUUGGCUUCCAACUCCGAGGUUUUUAACGCCAUCGGGAAGCUACUGUACGUUGGUCCGUCGAUGGAAGAAGGGCUUCGGUUGACAGCAGAAAAGAAUCACGCAGUCAUAGCCAAUCGCCAAUUUCUGGAUUACGUCAUAGCCCAGAAUUUCACGGACGCAACAGGCAAGGCGAGACUGUACGUGGCGCAGAGCAACUUGGAAACGGUUUUCUUGGGCUACCCAAUUCCUCAUGGCGCCCCCUACAAGCCCCUGCUGGACCGCAUUAUCCUCGCCUUUACUGAGAGCGGCCUGUUCCUCAAAUGGCACGGAGACCAAAUGGAUGAGGUGCGCGCGGCCAUCUUCAGUAAGCAGCGCCAGCAGGAGGGCCGCGCCAACGAAGCAGCUUCUGACGGCCAAGCCACAUCGCUGACUAUUGCGCACAUGCAAGGACCUUUCCUGUUUUUAACGUUUGGUUUAGUUACAGCCUUUUUGGUUUUCCUCGUUGAGCUGGUGUUCCGUUUUCUGUUGAAUGCAGAUCGUUAGUUUUUUGUUUUGUUUUUCAUGCGCACGUCAGGCUUGUUUUGUUUGUUUUUUUGUUAUUUUUUCUGUUUAUUCUAUUUAAUCACUUUGUCGAAAUAAGUCUUAAAUCGGUUCUUCUCGACUGUAGGAAGUUAACGGUAUAUAGGACAUGGUUAAGGUCAGAUGAUGCCCCAGGAUAUACCCAAUAAAGGCACUGUCUUGGCCCUGUGCUAUAUCCCAGACGUCAGAUGAUAUUGUAGGAUAUGUACAACCUAGAUCUGCUUUGGCCACAAGAGUGUGAUGACAUAAAUCACAAAUUUUAGAGUGCCCUUUUGGAAUAUCCCGUUUAGGUACUACAGUGAAAAUAGGCCUAUCCAUUAAUUUCCACACUUACAGCUGUGUCCUGUGGUACACCCUUUCCCAUGAAGGCCUAAACGCAUACGUAUCAUUUCUUCAAUCAUGUCGAGUAAUUUAAAAUUUCAAACAGUGCUACUGUUAAAGAAAAACGCGCGUUUCGCUGAAAGGACGGCGGUAAAACUUCCAUUUAGCGUCUUAGAUUAUCAAGAGCAAAUACGACUGUCUAGUUUGAUAAUAAGAUAAUCAAUGUUAUUUUAGAUUUGAUCUUUUCUAAUCAUGAAUUUCCCCGUCAAAGACCUUAUGUUGUUUCAGUAUUUUUUUCGACACAAAGCAGGUUCAGAAAACGCUCUAUAUACGACAUUAAACUGCCAGAUGAUAAGGGCUAUUUUUCUCUACAUAGCGCCUGUACAAUCGUCUGUAUGUGUGUGUGUGUGUGUGUGUGUGUGUGUGUGUGUGUGUGUGUGUGUGUGUG